GGACAAUAGCUCGUCUAUAUAUCAAGGGCGAUCAGUUCUCAAUAAUGGCGUUUUGUUUGAUACUGCACGAAUGGACUUGAACCAUGUCCUUUCUUCGUACUUCUUUCCUUCUGUUCCAUCCUUACCAGAUGGAAUGCAUACCCCCUUUUUUUUACUCUCCAGUUGCAUAGAUGGGUGGAAUUGCCAGGGCGGUCUUUGUCGAGUCGUGAAUCUUCAACUGGAUCAACUCUUUAUGGUUAAAUUUAAUGUCUUCUCCCUCAUGGAGAAUGCAUCAAACCCCAAUACCUCAUCCCCACACUUGUCCGAUACACCGGCACGCUUUCUCCCCGUAGCUUUCCCAAUCGUCGUGCACUUUUUCGCUUUGCCUGUCGUGUCCAAGUUUUACAGAUAUCCUUCCCCACGAACCCAACGGUAAAGGAACUUACUUCACUGAUAUGUUGAAAGAACCGGUCAUGUUCCUCCAUAUUCCCAUCCUUUUAUAAUAAACUCCAGCGUGUGCCUGAAUUCCAUCUCAUACCUUUUGAACCAGAUUUGGUGUGUGCAGAAAAACCAAAGAAUCGUUCCCGCCUGCAAAAUGGUUUGCCGGUAAUUUGGUAGAACGAAGCAUAAUCGUCGGCUCACAAGGACGUGCGCGGUUAGUCUCGACCAGAGUACAACCCAAUCUUACCGCAAUCUGCCUCACUCACGUCGGACACCUAACCUUCGAGUAACACCAGAUGGAAGAUGGCCCUUGACCAUUAACGGAAGUAUAACUGGGAAUCGGAACACAAAGAAAUCCGGACGGAAAAGCUAGGUCCAUAAGCCAACGAGUCAAAACCCUUAACCAUCCUUUCAACUAUCCUCCCUUCCGGAAUUCGCUCAUCAAUGUCAUGAUAAUGAAAAGAAAUCUAAUCCAUAUAAGGCUGCAAAUUGACUGUGACUGUGCCUCGUCCAUAAGCAGCGGAUUGGUGGUAGUGAGAGUGGUGAAUUUUUUUUAAAAAAUAAUUCUGGAGGACAGCAAUGUCUUGGUAGCCCAACGACAACUUUGGAAUGGUGCCAUCCACGACAAAAUGGGACAACGCUUGGUGCAAUUUGCAGUUUCGCUUCAUGCUUCAAGAGAGGGCCAGAAGCCAGCGGGGUGGCAGGUCAUCGACUUGACACAUUCGUUCCAAGAUGAACAUAAUGACCCAGUUGGGACAUUUCUAGUCUUGCUCUGCCUCUCGCAAUACUCCCUGGCGAGGUCUUCCGAGGUCGGGAUGUCUGCGCAGCAUGGCUUUGCUGUUGAGCCGGCCGCGUCAGGGGAGAUCGAGCCGGGGGCACGACUUCACC